CGAAAUCUCUUCGAAAGUCGCAGUCAGCAGGUGGAGCUUCUCGCCUUAAUAUUCACCCAGGGUUAGCUGGGACCUCCUUAGUCCCAGCAGAGGAGUCAGGGAUUGGUCGGGCAUUCCUGGAAUGGUUCUCGGGGCACCUGAGCCAAACCAGAGCAUAGUCCGAAGGGCGGGUCUGUAAUCACUCUGGUACUGAGGAGGGCUUUGCUUAUCUGCCUCCUGACUGGAAUUUAGGACCCCUCGCUCCUCAGUCCUGACUUCACAGGAGCUACGCUCAGAAGUGCGGAGUCCUUGGAGCUGAGGGGAGUGAACGGGAUUCCUGUACCAGCUCUGCUACUCACCUUGGCCAAGGCAGGCAUUCCUCCUUUGAGCCCAGUAUGUUUGAGUUUAGGACUUGAAAUUCUGGAUUCCUAAAGCCAUUCAUCUGGGAAGGGAGAGCAACAGAAUGACUUUGUUCUUCCAUCUAUUUGUGGUUCUAAAUUAUAAAAGUAAUAACAUUGUAAGAGUUUGAAAUAGAGCCUUUUUCUGUCUACGGGCUGGAUGGGAAAUACUUGUUGCACUUGCUUUGCUGUGCUUCCUUUGCGGCUGCUGCAUUUUUUACAAAGGAAGCCAAGACCCUCCACCAGCAAAAAGAUUACAAUGGGCUUUAUUGCAUUGCAUACACAUUUUACUGCCGUGGUCUGGAACCAAACCCGUAAUAUCUCCAAGGUAUGCCUGUACUCAUUUCCGGCCCCGGGGCCUGGUCUGUGUUCACGCAGCCUGGGAGGAUCCUUGCUGCCACUGUGAUUGAGGAAUUAGUUUGGAGAACAGAUUCCUUAGGUCAGGGUCGACAGUCUUCACCCACAGGCCACAUCUGGCUCUCCUGAAUGGUUUCCACAUUUUUAAAUGGUUGAAAAGGAAUGAAAAGGGUGAUAUCUUGUGACAUGUGAAAAUGAUAUGAAACUAAAAAUUUCAGUGUCUGUAAAUAAAGUUGCUUUGGAACACAGGUCUACCCAUUUGUGCAAGUAUUGUCUGUGACUGCUCUUGCACUACUACAUCAGCAGAGUGGAGGAUGUACUUGUGACAGAGACUGCACGGCCGGCGAAGACUAACAUACCGUCCCGGCCCUUCACGGGCGAGGUGGCGGACUUAUGUCUUAGAACAGGGCCCCGCAAAGCAAGGGCGGAGUAGGAGACCACACCGAGCCGAGAAGGCCCAGUCCCACAGCGUUAAGGGAUCUGCCCAAGGUGCCUCACCUCGUGAGAGUUAGAGCCCAGGCCCCAGGCUAUCAGCCUGCCACCAGGUGUAAAGGAGUGCCUGGUCAGAAUGGCUGCGAGAUUGUUUUACCUGACUGUCCUGGCGCUGUCAGCCCUGGGCUUGAUGUGCGUCCUGUUUACCGUCUACUGGAUGCAGAGCUGGCAUGGUGGCUUUGCCUGGGACGGCACCAUAUUCACGUUCAACUGCCACCCGGUGCUCAUGGUGGCCGGCAUGGUGGUGCUCUACAGCGCUGCGUCACUGGUGUACCGCCUGCCCCAGUCUUGGGUGGGGCCCAAGCUGCCCUGGAAAAUCGCCCACGCCUCCCUGCAUCUGAUGGCCUUCAUCCUGACCGUGUUGGGGCUGGUGGCCGUCUUUAAGUAUCAUAACGCUCGCAAAAUCACCAACCUCUACUCGCUGCACAGCUGGUUGGGCAUCACCGCCGUGUUCCUCUUCGCCUGCCAGUGGUUCCUGGGCUUCGCCGUCUUCCUGCUGCCCUGGGCGUCCUUGUGGCUGCGCAGCCUCCUAAAACCUGUCCACGUCUUCUUCGGCGCCUCCAUCCUCUCGCUGGCCAUUGCAUCUGUCAUCUCUGGCAUCAAUGAAAAGCUCUUCUUCAGCUUGAAGAACGCCACGAAGCCGUACUCCAGCCUGCCCGGCGAGGCUGUGUUCGCCAACAGCACCGGGCUGCUGGUGGUGAUCUUCGGGCUGCUGGUGCUCUACAUCCUGCAGGCUUCAUCUUGGAAACGCCCAGAGGUGGGCGUGACGACUGAAGGACAGCCCCUGUUGCACGAAAGGGAGUGAAGCAGGAAGGGGCUCCCGGGAGCAGUCGGGGGUGCAGUCGGACUCCCCUCAGAAGCUCUGCUGUGCCUGGGCUGCCCUCUGGUCUUGUCAACAGACUUGCUUUGGGCCCUGGGCCCCGACCUCUCCCUCCCUCCGUGUUGGGCCUGCUCUCUCCACCAACUCGCUGUCCACAGCUUUUCCUGGGGGCUUUGGCUCCUGCACCCCUUCUCGGCGUUGGCUCCUGAAGUCCUCCACUUACACAGGCCCUUCUUGCCCUGGCUGCUCCCACCACUCCCGCUGUCUGGCUGAAGUCAAGCUGCUUUCCCCUGUAGGCCCCUCGAGAUGUGGCAGGGAAUCCCCGUGGCUCAGAGGAGCCGGACUCAAGUGCAAUCUGUGAAGUGGAAAGCGAGGGAGGUGACGUGCCCCUCAGCUUCCUUGAGUGCGUGCAUCUCAUUUAGGCACCACCGAGGGGGUGGGCUUCCUCAGCACUGUCACCUCCACCUGGCCCUCCUGGACAUGAGGCUGGGCGGGAAUGUCAGGUGAUGGAAGGGGAAGGCAGAGCAGCUUCUGCAGAGGAGAAGCUGAGGCGCUGACUGCUCUUCUCCCAUACCUGCCUUCUGUGUUUGUGUCCGCUGUGGCCGUGUAGCUCCACCCCUUCUAGCUGUGGCUACAGCUGGGGCCUGGGUGCUGGCCUGUCCUUGUGGCUUACAUGCCCGUCACUGUCAGGCAGCCCAGGGAGCCCCAGUAACCUGCUGUCCCCGGCAGCUGUCCCCACAGGGAUGGGUAGCAGGGUGCCCCAGACUCCCAUUGCUUCCCCUCCCAGAUGAGGGUUCCCCCGGCAGGUUCAACCUGGCUCUCUUGGCGGGGCCCUCGCUAAGUUUCACACUCCAGCCUGCCAUGACACAUGCCAGAGUGUGGUGCUUUGUACGCAGUGGAGCCUAGGAGCCAUGGCCGCCUUCAGAGGUGUUUUUCUGCUGAGCACCUGAGUGCCUCACCUGCCCCCCACCGUGGCUACUUGCAGGGCCAAACCCCAUCCCAGGCGCCACACUCGAGUGUGAGCUGCAGCUCUUUCCCGGGGAGGGAGACGAGGAGUCUGGCUCCUCUCCUACGUGUGAGCACUGCAGCUUCUCCUGCACCUCCCCCUCAGAUGAGUCCUGCUGGGUCUCGGGUGCCACGCUGGUGUGCUUAGGUCCCAGGCACCGUGACACCUGUGCUCACUCUCUGGCCGGUGGCAGCCCCACGCACAACCCCACACGGCCAGGUAGGUGCCGGCAGUGUGGCUGUGACUGAACCUCUCCAGUGACUGCCAGGGACCUCGGUUACAUGGUAGGUCGCACGGGUGGGCGUUUCACUGGUUUAUGAAGCCUGAUUUUCAUAAAAUGUGUUUUUAAGAAGCCUUUUUUGCUGAGAUUGUGCUGAAAUGAGCUCUGGGCAGUGGGUAAGAGUCUCGGGACAGUUCUGACGCUAAGACCUGAAGGAGGAGGAGCCAGAGUCACCAAAGAUCCACACGAUUCUCUUCCUGGAGCCACAUGCCGCUCCUGGUACGUGCGGCUGUCGCUAACAUUGCAUGGCCUUUGAGCACCUUGUGUUAUCUCACACGGAAGAAACGCCUGCCGUGUGAUCAUCGGGAACACAAGGAGAAGUGACUCACCCACCCGAGGCUACCCGACCAGGAGGUGGCGGAGAGGGGAGCCGCAGGCCAGGUGUCGGAUGCCAGAGCUGCCUCCCCGGCUGCUGGGUGUGUGCGCCUGUGCGCGCCGGUCACUGCACCUUUUGGCUGGGGGCCAUGGGGUGCCUGCUGGGCAGGGUACCCUGGGCAGAGAAGCCCGGGGACUGAGGGAGCCUGCAGCCAAGUUGGGGCAAAGUCAGUGAAGGGACCCUCCCUCCCCGUGCGACCAGCUGUAGAUGCCCCCUGGUGGCGGAGCGGGUGAGCUGGCAGGACUUGCAGCUAGCUACUCUAGCAGCUCCCAGUGGGUGAGCCCAGGACUGUGCUGAGGGCUCCAGCGUCAGUCCAUUUGAAUCCUUUUCCACACCCCACGAGACGGGCACCACUCUGAUUUUCCAAGGGGCUCAGUGACAGGCCGGAGUUUCCGCAGCUGGUCUGCAGCAGCACCAGGGCCCAGCGCCCUGUGCAUGUGCGCCCGCGCCGAUGCCUGUGACUGCUCCCCGGCACUGAGUGCGGGUCGGUGUGCGCUGUCCCGGCCACCGCGCGCCGGACUUGGCAGUGCCGUUAGCCACUGCUCUAGAGACCCCCGGGGGCCAGCCUGGGUGCGGUUUCUGUCCCACCACUGAGCCUUAAGGUAUGGUGGCUUUUCCCCCUCGGUGUCCCAUUUGAUUCCUGAAGAAUCGGGGGGUUCUGUUGGUGUCGUGCUGAGACAAGCCACCGUCAGGGCUGGUGUGAGUUUCAGGGGGAGGAAAGGAUUGGGGCCCCCUGUGGAGCCGACCCGGCUGUGCGAACCGCCUCUGGGUCUCAGGUGGUGGGACAGGGGCCGUGAUCAUCUCCAGCGGGGGCUGGGGUCUCAGCCCCUGGGGCAGCGGUGGGGCCACCUGUUCACGCGCUUGGGAAAAGCUCCCUCAGAGGAAGCAGAAGCUCCGCUGUGUCUAUGUGGUUUAUUAGCUUGUGUUUCCGCGCUGGCUCAGGUCAGGUGCAGAGGGCCUUUCCCGGAGAGUCUUAAAACCGAGUUAGCAAAGCCAGUCAAAGACUGUGCU